AUGAGAGCCUCCGCUCUGUCGGUGCUGCUCAGCACGCUGCUCAGCUUUCACCAAGCCAGCGCCGGUCUUGUCCGCACGACAGAUGUCACCAAUGCUGAAGUCGACAGCUUCUCGGAUGCCGUGUUCGUUUUGGACAACGCUGUUGCUUCCAGCAAGACGGAUGACACGGGUGGCGCAGUAGAACCAAAGUCUCUCCACCGACGAUAUUAUGUGCAGCUCCAAGCGCUCGGGGCUCUUGCCGACUUCUUGACGCAGGUGCCCCUGCGGGCGGACUGCUUCUUCGUCACAUCUGCUCGACUCCUCGGCACGACGGUUGAAGACAUCUCGAAUCGCGCCGGCGUUGCGGUGCCUCGCCCGGGCACGUCUGGCGUCUCCAUGUCCAACAUGAUGGCCGCACUUGAGCGGCUCGGCCUCCUCUUCCAUGUAAAUGCUGGAAGGCCGUACAGGAGCUAUAUCGACUACCAAGCAAACCCCCGAGGCGUGGACGUUACGCGGGAUGUGCGUCGCUCGAGCAUCUUUGCCUACUUUGCAGUCGAUUUAGAGGCCUCUUCUGGACAACUCUUUGACCAACAGCUGGAGACGAUUGAGGCCAUGGACAUUGAAGAAGAACAGGCUCAUGUGAACGAACCAAUGGACACUGACGAGUAUGCCGGUGUUGAGGCGCCCAUGGACGUUGACCGAGAUGUUGCCUCCGGCGGCGUCGAUCUUAACACCUUGCCGGAAAACGUGUUGCAGCGCAUCAGAAACAACCUUCUGCCCCAGGGAGAGUGCGCGGCCCUCGUUGCUCUGGCCAUGAUUCACGCAUCCAGCCAUCGUGGACCACGCGUGAUGCCCGGAUUCGAACAGACCAACAACACCAUGGUCCAAGCAGAGAUCACCAAAGUUGUUGCGCGAGGCGAAGACAAGUGCAAGAAGCUGCAGGCAAUGAUACCGAAGGAGAAGCUGGAGCACGGGUCAAAUGCUAUUGUCCACGACGAGCUCAAAUAA